AUGCCACCGAAAAAUGUUAAUUCCGCCUCCCCUUUGCCAUGGGAAGUUGAAGAGGAUCUUACGGCCACCAUCCGCCACAUUAACAACUCGAUAUCGCUUCUUGUUGAUAUAUCGAAACAAUAUACAUCGUCUCCAAAUGAUAUCGGCUCAUUAAUUGGAGAAAUGAAUAUCCAGGACUCUUCACUCGAGUUUCCGGAAGCAGAGAUUCCUGGCUUUAUUAUUCAAGCAUUGGAAGAAUCUGUAAACCUGGAUAUCCCCUCCUAUAAUGUCUCCAGAGACCUCAUGCUUCAGUUGGAGCAAUUUGAGGCAAAAGUAUCGACCUUCCAUCGGUAUGGGCAAUUGCUGCAAAGUCAUGUAAAUAACAAUAAAAGAUCCAACUAA